CAAUAUUAUGUACUUAAUUGCUGUUACACAGCAUUUCGAUGGAGCCUCGCGCGGUGCGCUUGAUGAGCAGACGUUACAACCUGACGGCUACGGGCUUCAAGUUUCUGGAAAUUGGAAUCAAUGUUGGUCCACCGAGCUACGUAAAGAUCGCCCUAGGAGAUCAUCGAGGACAAGAGCUGAUAUUGUCUCUCGAAACAUGGAAAGGACUCCAUGAGCAGCAACGGAAUAUCUACAAAUUGCUACGAAAUAAUUACAAAGACAAUUUUAUAAACGUCGGACCGUUAACAGUCCGAGUUUGUAUGAUGAACAACGUUACACUCGUACGUCUUGAAUCUUCAAACGUACGCAUUAUGAUGAUCGAAUCGACAUACGCUACGCCGUAUGUUUAA